CAACUCUCUCUCUCUCUCUCAACCAGAAACAGAGAAGCAGAAAGUCCCCAUUGCAGAGGAAUCACCCCUCCCCCCUCCCCCAUUCUAGGACCUUCAUCUCUUCUCCCCUUUCCCUCUUUGCUUUCUUCAGAAUCCCCGAAUCUCCUUUUCUCUUCUCCUUCUCGGUGGAAUUCGCAGACCCCGAAAUUUCCCUUCCAAUCUCCCCUAAUUGCGCCCGUUGAGGGCCCCCCUUCUUGGCUACUGUUGCUUGACGUCGUUCGCGAACUUGAAAACCCUAGAAUUCUCCGCUCUCGCGUGCCAGAAUCCGUUGCUUUCGGCCGCUCGAUUGCUCCCCUGAAUCUCCUGUCCUCGGCCGUCGUUCGAUCUCUCGCCGUUUUGCCUGCAAUUCGAUGCGGGUGCUUGCCCAAGAGGAUUGGGAGGAGACGCUGACCUAAUCGCGUUUCUCGGUUCUCGAUGGUCUCGAAUGGCAGGGCAGAAGCAUCGGACCUUGGAAGAGUUGUACAGAGCUACCACGAAGAUCGCAAAACCGAAGGAUACUCCAGUGUUGCAGGGUAUUUAUCGCAUCCAAGGACCAGAAGAUGAGUUAGAGCUUACUACCGGAAGUAAGGAAGCACCUUCAGUUGGUAAAAUAAUUCCAUAUGAGGAUGUUCAUUUGAGAACUGAACUUGGAAUUCCUGGAGCAUGUGUAGCACCAUGUUCAUCCUGUACAGGUAGCCCUUAUCCAACUGCAUCCGAUGUCGAGUUAAGAACUGAGGACGAGAUGACAGAUGAAAGUGGUGAGAGAAAGGUGGUCAAGCAGGCUUCUCCUGAUGAUGCUGAACCACAUCUUCUGAGGAGCAGCAUGUGUGAUGAUCAACCACAAACAAGCGAUACGAGUAACUUCAUUAGUGCUUGUUCAAGCCAUGACUCCUUUUCGGAAAAUGUGAAUAGCCAAGGGAUUCGAAGAAUGUGUGAUACUUCAAGUGCCUUCCUGUGUGAUGGGAGUAAGCUACUGACAUCUGAGGAACAAGUUGACGAUAAUCAUACUGGUGGUUGUUCAAAAAGUGGGUUGCAUGAUGGGCUUCAUACUGUGUGUGAGUUAGUUAAUGGCGGUCGACAUGAUGACUCCUCAUGUUAUGCAGGGAAAAUGGAAAUUCACUCUACUUCCACCCCAGAUCCUGGUCAUAAAAGAAAUAGCACGUAUGAAUCUCUUGGAGAUUCACAUAAACAAGCCACUAACAAGUCUUCGAGGCAGCUAUCAUGUGUGGAUACUGACAAGGCUAGUAAAGACACUCAAACCUUGACAAAGGUCCAAUGCGGGGGAACCAGUGGGAAGGAUCAAUCCCUUUCUGACACCACCUCUGCACAAUCUAAUGUUACAUCUCAUACAUUGACUGGAACAGCAUCUUCUAAGUGUCCUGAAGAAGUACUAAACAGUGAUGAUAACCUAUCACAUCUAUCUGAGGGUGGGGCACUGAAGACUCUUCCUUGUGAUCAUCAUGUUGAAUCAAAGAUAUCUGGGACAAGUAAUUCUAAGGAUGGUGUACCCAUGGAGAAAAGGACUGGCUCAUCAAUGGUUUCCACAAGUGUCAUAUCAAAAUCUUCUGAUGGUUCUGAUGGAAUGGAUUUAUUAUGCUCAUCAACUAACAGUUCUCAUGUUGAAUUGCUUGAAGUCAAUAUUUCCAGGAAGCAAGAAACUGAUGGAAGUUUGUCUGAUAGUUUUCUGAAUAAGAGUUUGGCUAUGGGUCAUGUGGAAACAGGCUCAAAAUCCCUUUCCAUAGAAGAGCCGGAUAUGGAAAACUCUUCAGAAAAAAAUCAAUAUCUCAGUUGA